UCGAGGCGGCGGCAGCAGCGGCGACGGCUCCGGCGGCUCCUCCUCCUCCUCUGGUGGCGGCGGCGCCCCGGGCCUGAGCCCCGGCCCCGGCUCCCCUCUCCGCCACCCCGCGCGCCCCCACUUCCCCCGGUGCCGCGGGGAACAUGAGGCUCCGCUCCCGGAGGCCGGCGAGUGAGUGACCCCCGUCCGCCGCCUCAGCCCGCCCGCCCGCUGGCCCGGCCGCUCCCCCCCCGCCUCGCCCAGGCAAUGACAGCGGCUCCGCCGUCUCCGCAGCAGAUCAGGGACCGGCUGCUGCAGGCCAUCGACCCCCAGAGCAACAUCCGGAACAUGGUGGCGGUGCAGGAAGUCAUCUCCAGCCUGGAGAAAUACCCCAUUACCAAAGAGGCACUGGAGGAAACCCGACUUGGGAAGCUCAUCAACGACGUCCGCAAGAAGACGAAAAACGAGGAGCUCGCCAAGCGGGCCAAAAAGCUGCUGCGGAGCUGGCAGAAGCUCAUCGAGCCCGUGCACCAGAAUGAGGCUGCACUGCGGGGGCUGGCGGGUGCCCCCGGCUCGGCCAACGGGGGCGCCCAUAACUGCCGGCCGGAGGCAGGGGCGGCCGGCCCACCCAAGAGCAUCCAUGACCUGAAGAACCGCAAUGACAUCCAGAGGCUGCCCGGGCAGCGACUGGACAGGCUGGGCAGCCGCAAGCGCCGGGGGGACCAGCGCGACCUCGGUCACCCUGGGCCACCUCCCAGGGUCUCCAAAGUGAGCCACGACUCCCUGGUAGCCAACUCGUCCCCCCUCCCCACCAAUGGGAUCAGUGGGAGCCCUGAGAGCUUCCCCGGCCCCCUGGACGGCAGCGGGCACGUGGGCCCCGAGGGCAGCCGCCUGGAGCACAGCGAGAAUGACAAGCACAGUGGCAAGAUCCCCGUCAAUGCCGUGAGGCCACACACCAGCUCCCCGGGCCUGGGCAAGCCCCCCGGGCCCUGCUUGCAGGUGAAGGCUGUGGUGCUGCAGCAGCUGGACAGGGUGGACGCGACUCCAGGUCCCCCCCACCCCAAGGGGCCGCCUCGCUGCUCUUUCAGUCCCCGGAACUCACGGCACAAGGGCUCCUUUGCCCGGCAGCGGAGCCCGUACACAUACAAGGGCUCCGUGCCCAGUCCCUCACCUCGGCCCCAGUCACUCGACGCCACACAGGUGCCGUCACCGCUUCCGCUGGCCCAGCCGUCCACGCCCCCCGUGCGGCGGCUCGAGCUGCUGCCCAGCGCAGAGAGCCCAGUGCGCUGGCUGGAGCAGCCUGAGGGCCACCAGCGGCUCGCGGGGUCGGGCUGCAAGGCAGGGCUGCCACCGGCUGAGCCCCUCCUGCCCCGGGCAGGCUUCUCCCCGGACUCCUCCAAGGCAGACAGCGAUGCUGCCUCGUCCGGUGGCUCGGACAGCAAAAAGAAGAAGAGGUACCGGCCUCGUGACUACACGGUUAACUUGGACGGGCAGGUGGCCGAGGCAGGUGUCAAGCCUGUCCGGUUAAAAGAGCGGAAGCUCACCUUUGACCCCAUGACGAGACAGAUCAAACCUCUGACCCAGAAAGAGCCAGUGCGGGCCGACAGCCCUGUGCACACAGAGCAGCCGAGGACAGAGCUGGACAAGCCCGAGGCCAAGGCCAGCCUCCAGAGCCCUUUUGAACAGACGAACUGGAAGGAGCUGUCGCGCAACGAGAUAAUCCAGUCCUACCUGAGCCGGCAGAGCAGCCUGCUCUCGUCGUCGGGCGCACAGACCCCGGGCGCUCACCACUUCAUGUCCGAGUACCUGAAGCAGGAGGAGAGCACUCGGCGCGGGGCCCGGAAGCCACACGUGCUGGUGCCUCACAGCCCACCCACGGACCUCCCAGGGCUAAGCCGUGAGGUCACGCGGGACGAUCUGGACAGGGUCCAGGCCCAUCAGUGGCUGGGGGUGAACGGGUGUCAGGACACACAGGGUAACUGGUAUGACUGGACGCAGUGCAUAUCGCUCGACCCGCACGGCGACGACGGGCGGUUGAACAUUCUGCCUUAUGUCUGCUUGGACUGACUGGCCUGUCGGACUCUAAGUGCAUUCCCACCUUGCAGUCAGCCAUAGAGGGCGGGCGCCAGGGCCCGGCCGCCUC